GUGAGAGCCCACAGAACAUUGCAGGGGCUGUAGUAACUAUUUACACAGCGUGGCACAUUUCACGCAGCUAUUUGAGCAGAUUCAUGCCUUAGAUAGACUGGUAAGAAUUAUUUUGAGAAUAUCAGCCAGAAGCACUUCCAGCUCCAGCAGACACAGGGGCGGAGCUGAGGCCACGCUGAGGGGAGCGGCUCAAGGCCCGGCCCGUUGCCAUGGCAGAGCGGGGCGUCCUGUAAUGGCGGCGGCUGGCAGCUGCGGGCAGCCAUGGUGCGGAUCACUGAAGAUCUCGUUAGAAGACGUGCAGAACAUAACAACUGUGAAAUUUUUUCACUGGAAGAAAUCUCUUUACAUCAGCAGGAAAUAGAAAAAUUAGAAUACCUUGACAAAUGGUGUCGCGAUUUGAAAAUUCUCUAUCUUCAGAAUAACCUAAUCCCAAAAAUUGAAAAUGUGGGCAAGUUAAAGAAGCUAGAAUAUUUAAAUCUUGCUUUGAACAAUAUUGAAAGAAUCGAAAAUCUGGAAGGCUGUGAAGAGCUGAAGAAGCUUGACCUGACAGCAAAUUUUGUUGGUGAACUGUCUAGUGUUGAAACCCUAAAAUAUAACAUACAUUUGAAGGAACUGUUUCUAGUGGGUAACCCAUGCACUGAAUUUGAAGGUUACAGACAAUUUGUGGUGGCAACACUUCAUCAGUUAAAAUAUUUGGAUAGUAAAGAAAUAGAACGUUCAGAGAGGAUUCAAGCACUUCAACACUAUCCAGAAGUGAAACAGAAAAUCAGAGAACAGGAACAAGCUUACCUUCUCAGAAGAGCCAAAGAGAAAGAAGAGGCUCAAAGUAGGAUGCAUGAAAGGAAGGAAAGGAAAGAAAAAAAAAAGGAAGCUGAGCUUGGACUUGGAAGCCCAGACUCCCUACAAUACAAAGAAAAUCAUCAGACAGAAGGAGAACAACAGACAUGCAGAACUGCCGAAGAUGAUGAAGAAGACAGAAGAUUUUGGGAGGAGCCAACACCAUACACUCCAGAAUCUAGAUUAGAAGCUCACAGAUAUAUUGAAGAAAAAAGGAAAGCUAAAGACAAUAUAAGAGGGUCAAAAACGAGAGAGAAGCCUCUUCCAAAGCUGGUCACUGCAGAAGGAAAAAUUCUGAAUGUCAAUAUGCCUAAGCUUCAUUUCUCUUUGAAAGAUGAUGAAGAAAACAAUCAGUUCAUCUUGGAUCUUGCUGUUUACAGACAUCUGGACACUUCUCUGCUUGAUAUUGAUGUCCAGCCAACCCACAUACGAGUAGUGGUGAAAGGAAAGGUAUUCCAACUUGUGCUCCCUGAGGAAGUAAGGCCAGAUAGCAGCUCUGCUAAAAGAUCACAAACAACUGGUCAUUUAGUUGUCAGCAUGCCAAAGGUUAAAGAAAUAAUCCUGGCUAAACGAAAAUUAUCAACUUCAGUCAGACCUUCUGACAGCAACACAGUGCAGAAAAGUACAAGAAACAGACAAGUUGAGAAAUUAGAAGUGGAUCCUAGUAAAUAUUCAUUCCCAGAUGUGACAAAGAUAAUCCCAGAAAAGGAACGAAUUGGACAAGGACCUAUUCAGCUACAACCGGAAAGGAUUACUGAGACAAAGAAAAGUAAUUUUGAUUUUGAAAAUAACGAUGAAGUGCCUCCCUUAAUUUGAAACGUUCUUUAUUAGUCUUUGUUUGUAGUCUGUAUACCUGAGUUUUCAUGAUCCUAUAUGUAGAGUAAGUAUUAUCUAGCUGAAAUUGGAAAUGUCAUUACAGUUCUUAACAUAAACUGUUAUGCCUCUGUAUUCUGGUGUAUUUUCUGUAAGCAUAUUGCUUAUAUAUAUACUUUUUUCCUUUUCUACGUUGUUUACUCUGUACAGCCCAAAUGAGAGUGGGGUUCAAAAAGUCA